AUGUGUGCACAUCGAGCAGCUAGACGGGCAACUUUAGAAAAUUUACUUUCAUCAUUACAAAAUGAAUUAAAUUUAAAUCCUUCUCAGCCAUUAUUUAAAUUAACUUAUACCUCUUCUCCAAAUUGGCCUUAUUAUUUAAUAGAUUCCACUAAUAAAUCUCGAAAUAAUCCAACAUUAAAAAUUGCGAUUUUAGAUUCAUCAUUUAAUCCACCCACAAAAGCCCAUAUGCAAUUACUAUUACAAUCCGUAAAAAAUCAAACCAAUUCAAAACCUGAUAAUAAUUUUGUACCUUUUGAUGCCUGUUUAUUACUUUAUGCGAUAAAAAAUGCUGAUAAAACACCAUCACCAUCUGAUGCCGGGCCAGUGGAUAGAUUAUUAAUGAUGGAAUCUUUAGCAUCACAAAUUAAUUCUACUAUCAUCAAGACUGAACCAACAUUCAAUUCUCUUCAGAAUAUUGCUACUGGUGUGAUAACUCAUCCAUUAUUCAUGGAUAAGGCGAAAGCUAUACGAUCUUAUCUUAUUAAUAAUAAUAAUAAACCAUCUCAUUCCAUUGAUUCUUCUAACGGCGUUGAUAAUUCUCCUCAAGUUUCUCUUUACUUUAUUCUAGGUUUUGAUACUGUAAUACGUUUAUUUAAUCCUCAAUAUUAUUCAAACAUUUAUAAAGAACUUAAUUCAUUCUUUGAAAUUAGUAAGAUUAUUUGUGCUAAUAGAGAUGGAUAUGGUGGACGGGAAUUUGAAGAAAAUUUUUUUAAAAGUGAUAUUAUAAAAGAAAUUAUUGGUGAAAGUGGAAAACUAAUAGGGGUGAAAUUAGAUGAUGAAUUGGCCAAAAUUUCGUCAACUAAUGUUAGGAAAGCUGUAAGUGAUGCAUGGAAUAUAGAACGACAAGAAACUGAUGAUUAUGGUGAACGAGAAGAAAUGAUUAAAAAUAUCUUAUAUAAUUUUUGUCCUGAAUCAGUUGCUGAAUUUAUUAUUCAAGAAAAAUUGUAUAGGAAUAUACGUUGA